AUGUUCGCCUUUGGACCGAAAUCUUCUCUGGCGGACGAGAUAACUGAAAUUCGUGUCACGCAUUUAAAACUGCUGCAAAGUAUUACUCUUGAGGCGAAGUUAUUCGGCGAUAAAGGCGAAUUGUUCGAGUCAUACGCUCAUUAUGUUGCUGAUAAAGACGGCAAUGUCGAUGUUGGCCACGACCUGUCCAUAGGUGGAUCUUACAGUGGUGUUGAACCCAUGGGGUUGAUAUGGAGCAUGAAGCAGGCACCAGGGCAAAAGAAAGGAAUCCGACUUUUUAAAAGAGAUGUUACUUUGCCGUUUGAUAUUAUCGUGAACUGUUUUGAUGGUCAUGUAAUUCCACGCGAAACAUCGCUGCAGCCAUUGUCAAGCGGAACAUUUCAAAAGUCGUACAUGGCGGAUGGAGUAAAGAGAGUUCCUGUAAGAGAAGGGAGAAUCCGUGGGACGUUGUUUCUGCCACCGGGUGAUGGACCAUUCCCAGGUAUUUUCAUAAAAGUGGUCUGCUGACAAUAUUUUGUUUUAUACAUUUUUUUAAUUUGAGCAUGGAUUGCAAUCACAGGCAACCCGAGCUCAGAAAUCAUUAACAUGUAUGGUUGUAUGGUAUCAUAUUGCAUAAUUCUUACUAAAGAUACGAGUAUUGCAGAACCUCGUGACGAAGCAUCUGCCAUAUUGCUUUUGGUAUGUUUGCAUGAGGUCUGGGUCAAAGUGACCUAUGAUUGGUCAACGUACUUGUGUUUAUGCUUGUCCUUAUGUUGACCCUGUUUUCACUAGUCAAAGCUACAACAUAAGCAUAAGCACAAGAAGAACGAACUUGUCCAUUUUUCUUGUGCUUGUGCUUAUGGUUAUGCAUGGGCUAGUGAAAACCAGGCUUAAGGAAGCUUCAUAGGGUCAAAUGGGGUGAACACGGGAUAGGAUCUCCUACAUGUAUAACUAUGGUCAAAAGGAAAUGGGGGUGAUGGUGGACAACUGCCAGCUAAUAUACACUUUCAUUUGCUUAACUAACCCUUAAGUGCAAUAAAUUAUUUGUGAAAUAACAUAACUUUAUUAUUUAUAAAGUGCAUAUUUGUGGUCGCUGUAGCCUCUGUCUCUGGUUGACAGCAUUUGCCUUAAUUUACUGUGCCAUUGCUCUCGCUGUUUUCAUGGCAACGUUUUUGCUCUUGCCGAGUUUUGUUGGUAAAUCUUUCUCGGCAAGGAUUUCCAUCCAUUUGUUGAAUCCACCAUUGCCGAGUUUGCUCUUUUCUUUCAUUUGCCUGAGAUAUUGGGUGUUGCUCACUGACCAUAAGUUACAUUAUUAUAUGUACUUGUCGUUGAUGGCAAUCGGUUGCCUGGAAACCCAUAAUGCACUUUGACCUCACUACUCUGGAUGACGUCAAGGCAGACACCAACCAAACUGGAUAGAUUUAUAGCAAAGAGAAAAUCACGCAUGCCUUGCAAUAAUAUGCUUUUGGGAUCAUAUCUUUUAUCGCAAGGAAAAAUGGCCAUGAAUUUAAAGGAUGUUUGGGAAUACAGGGAAUAGAUUUAAGAAGAUCAAUGCUGGCUUGCGAUUUCCUUUAGCCCCGGCCUUUACCCCUGAGUUAGCUUGGGGGUACUUUUAUUUGUUAAAGCAGGUUGAGGCUUAACACAGUCAUAGGCUAAUGUGGCUCCACUAUCUUAUUAUUUAAAAAACAAAAUAAAAUAAUGAAAUAAAAGUAUGUACAAUUGCAAUAAGUGAAUAACUAAAAAAAAUUAGAUGGUGCUAAAUAUAUAGGAAUAUUAUAAAAUCGUUACUUUUCUUUGCUAUCAUAGCUGGGGUUUUAAAUGAAAAUUCUUCAAAAAUAUAAUUUAUUGAGAAAAUCUACAUAAUAUCUGUUUAACGGUCCUUUUCAGUUGUUUCACUUGAAUUUAAAAAAGGCAAUGUCUAAUCUCCCUUACCUGAAUGAAGCAGAAAAUACAGUUUGUCAAAUGAUCGAACUAAUAAUCAGAAUAACCACUACCUUGGUAAUGAAUUGACAGCUGAGAUAAUCUGAAAACAGAAUGUCACAUUUCCAGAAAAAAUUGUCAACCACUGGCAAAGGUUUAAAAUCGUGUCAACCUUUAAAAAUGAAGGAGUACACUUUAAAGCCACAAAAACUUUAGAAUCUACACAACUGUACAUACAGGAAACCUCUACUAAAGAACAUUUCUAACACAUUGUCACUGUAAUUUAACACAUCUUUUCCUUUAAUUUUUGCAUCUUUGCCUCAUGAAAACACCCUCUUCACCAGAGAUGACCUAAUUAAAAAAGUGUAAUAAAGUAUAGAAACGCAAUGAUAAUUAGACUCCACAAAUUCUUUAACCCUAUUUAAAACGUUUGUGAAUGUUACCAACGUGCCCAACUUUUAAUAUCAUAAACAGAUUUUUAAUCGAUUCAUGCAUGAGCUGGCUCACAGAGUCUUUUAUUUAAACAAUUUUUUAAGUGCAGAGACCCAAGCACAGUUCACUACCAGUAAUAGGGUGCAAAGAAAGUCAGUUUUAAAGCUCACCCCUUGGGCAAGCUGUAGCUAGCAUGUACUAGCCCCAAAGUCAUUUUAUUUAGUUGAAAGGAGUUUUGAUGAGCAGGAUUGACUGCAGUUCUUCCGUCAUUUGAAUUCCCCAAAAAACUUAGCCUGCGAGCAAGCUCUCCAAUUUGACAAGCGAAGCGAGCCUCGCAAGAACGUGCGAGCAAGGGGCCGAGGACUCCUUUCCCCUCCCCUCGCGGCUUUGCCGCUCGCUCGCGCAUUCUCACGAGACUCGUUUCACUCGCCCAAACAGGAAAGCUUGCUUGCAGGCUACAAAAAAACUUCACUUGCCCGCGAGGCAAUUAAGUUAAGAACGCAGUUACUUGAUAGCAAAAUCCACUAACCCCAGGCAAUCAGACACUGAUAACUUCCUUUGCACGCUGCAGUAAUAAAGAUUUUUUGGGCUUUUGCCAAAUCAGGGUGACGAAUUUUUGAAAGGAAUACAUGAAGGGAAUAGAAUGUCUGAGUCUUGGUGGAAUUUCUACAGUUACACUUUCCUCAAACAUAAUAAACUAGGUUCUAAGGUUGUUUUUUUAAGUGUAUUGAUGCAAGUCCUUUUUUGUUGUACACUGUAGGUAUAAUGGACCUUUUUGGAGCAUUACCAGCAGUCAUUGAAUUCAAGGCCUCCUUGUUAGCUUCUCGUGGAUUUGCUGCCUUAGCAGUGGCCUAUUAUGAGUAUGAUGAUCUGCCUUCAUCCUUAAGUCCAUAUGUUGAGUUGGAGUACAUUGAAGAGGCAGCAGAAUGGUUGUACCAACAUUCUAAGGUCAUACCAGGUGGUAUAGCACUUCAUUCUCAUUGCUUUGGAUCGUGGCUUGCUUUGCUUCUUGCAAGUUAUAGGACUGAUCUAGUCAAGGCUGUUGUUGCAAUAGCACCAAUUUGUUGUGCUUUUGGAAAUACCGCAUACAGGUACAAAGGGAAGCUGUCAAACGUGUACAGCUACUCAAAAGAGGCCUUGAAAGUUACAGAUCAGGGAGUGAUUGUCAGAUUUUGUUCUGCAACAUUCAAGGAAACAACCAACCCAUUGGCAGACUUUCCGGCAAUGACUCCAGUGGAAAAUAUUUCAUGUCCUGUUUUGCUAAUUUAUGGCACAGAAGAUUUGAACGUGGAUGGCAAAUUAAGUUCAGGGUACAUAUUAGACCAGUUAAAAGUAGCCGGCAAGGAAUCUCUAUGCACUGUAUUGCAAUUGCCAGGUGCUGGCCAUAUAAUUGAUCCACCCCAUUCACCAUUAUUCUAUUUAACCUACAGCAAUCAGUCCAAAAUGUUCAUUGCGUGGGGUGGGCAAGUCAAGUCUCAUGCAAUGGGCCAGGUGAUUUACUGGGACAAAACUUUACAAUUCCUGAAGCAAAAUCUAAUGAGGAACGUUAAGAGCAAUUUGUAG